CUUGUCGGAUAUAAGAGUGGCUGACUCAGAGGUGAAUUCGGAGUCUCCGAAGCGAAGAAUCGGAAAGAAUGGUGGGCGAGGCGUCGUGCGUUUACAGAAACGCACACGCGCCCGUGGAGGCGCGUGUGAAGGACCUUCUCUCUCGUAUGACUCUGCCGGAGAAGAUCGGUCAGAUGACUCAGAUCGAACGCCGCGUCGCUUCUCCCGCCGCCAUCAGAGAUCUCUCCAUCGGUAGCAUACUGAACGCCGGCGGAAGUGCCCCUUGCGAGGACGCGAAGGCGUCGGACUGGGCGGACAUGAUCGACGGCUUCCAGCGUUCCGCGUUAGCGUCGCGUUUGGGGAUUCCUAUCAUCUACGGCACUGACGCCGUCCAUGGCAACAACAACGUCUUCGGCUCCACCAUUUUCCCCCACAACAUCGGCCUCGGCUCCACCAGAGAUGCAGAAUUGGUCAGAAGAAUCGGGGCCGCAACUGCUCUUGAAGUAAGAGCAAGCGGAGUUCACUGGGCUUUUGCUCCUUGUGUGGCCGUGUUGAGAGACCCGAGAUGGGGACGAUGCUACGAGUGUUACAGUGACGACACCGCUAUUGUUAAUGAGAUGACUUCCCUUGUCUCAGGCUUGCAAGGCGAGCCGCCCGAGGGACAUCCUCAUGGUUACCCUUUUGUUGCAGGAAGGAACAACGUUGUUGCCUGUGCGAAACACUUUGUUGGAGAUGGUGGUACGGAUAAAGGCAUAAACGAAGGGAACACCAUAGCUUCAUACGAAGAUUUGGAGAGGAUCCAUAUGGCUCCGUAUCUGAGAUGUCUUGCUCUGGGAGUUUCUACGGUUAUGGUCUCUUACUCGAGCUGGAAUGGACGUAAACUCCAUGCCGACCGCUUUCUCUUGACUGAAGUUCUCAAAGAUAAACUCGGUUUCAAGGGGUUUCUGGUUUCAGACUGGGAAGCUCUCGAUCGGCUUAGUGAACCGGAAGGUUUAAACUACCGUGACUGCGUAAAAACAGCUGUUAAUGCCGGAAUAGACAUGGUGAUGGUACCUUUCAAGUACGAACAGUUCAUACAAGACAUGAAAGAUCUGGUGGAUUCAGGUGAAAUAUCGAUGGCUCGGAUUGAUGAUGCUGUUGAAAGAAUUCUCAGAGUGAAGUUUGUUGCGGGUCUUUUCGAGAAUCCUUUCUCUGACAGAUCUUUGUUGGGUGUCGUUGGCUGCAAGGAACACAGAGAAUUGGCACGAGAGGCGGUUAGGAAAUCGUUAGUACUGUUGAAGAACGGAAAAAGUGGCGGUAGCCCGUUUCUACCUUUGGAUCGGAACGCCAAGAAAAUUCUAGUAAUAGGAACACAUGCGGACGAUCUUGGAUAUCAAUGUGGAGGAUGGACGAAAACAUGGUUUGGUCUAGGCGGUCGGAUCACAAUUGGGACAACACUCUUGGACGCCAUUAAAGUGGCUGUUGGGGACAAAACUGAAGUGAUCUACGAGAAAACUCCAUCAGAAGAAACCUUAGCAUCAUCAUGUCGAGACUUCUCCUAUGCCAUUGUUGCAGUGGGGGAACCUCCUUACGCAGAAACGUUGGGCGAUAACUCGGAACUCACGUUGCCUUUCGAUGGUAGCGACAUUAUAGCAGCAGUAGCCGAGAAAAUCCCGACUCUGGCGAUCUUGAUCUCGGGAAGGCCUUUGGUUAUGGAGCCGAGGGUUCUUCAAAGAACCGAAGCCGUGAUCGCGGCUUGGCUUCCGGGAACCGAGGGCCAAGGGAUAACUGACGUCGUUUUUGGGGAUUAUGACUUUGAGGGGAAAUUACCGGCGAGCUGGUUCAAACGGGUAGAGCAGUUACCGUUGAACGCCGAGGCUAAUAAUUCGUAUAAUGACGAGCCUUUGUUUCCAAUGGGGUUUGGUCUGAAGAUCAAAACCGGUUGAACCGAACCGGUCUGGUUCUGGGAACGUGACGUCAUUAAAGGGCAUAUCCGUCAUUUGGGGUAAAUCCCUUUUACUAGAUUAGGCGUAAUAUAUACACCCUGAUUGAUUGAUUGACAUACACCAAGGCCAAAGUAUAUAUGUAAAUCAUGUCACGAUUGCAAUUCAACGUUUUUACAUGAAACGGCAACGUUUAAAAUGGAGCUUUUCUUGA